CAUUCAACCGCUCACCCUUUGCGUAGCACAAAACAGCUAAAGUGAUGAAAGCGAUACUAUUUCCUAAUCCAAACACUAAAUUCCUCGUGUUCCUCGUGAGUUAUUAUAUCAUAAAUAGCCUAUACAAGGCAUCCAUCAUGGGUAAGGAGACGACCAAAUCCACCCGUAUCCUAAUUGACUUUCCAUAACAACAAAUGCAGCUUUAAUAGCACUUCUGGCACCGUGAUCCAAGAUUGAGUAUGAAGUGCGAGAAAGAUCUCUGCCAGUCAUCGAGUCAUAUGGCAUUUGUUGGGUCAUUUGGAGGGGCGGUGUUUUCACAAGCUAUUUAAACUAGAGAGCAACACUUUCCCUGCGUUAUUUAUCCUGGAGUUGCGCAACGGGCCGGACCAUCCCUGGAUAACCUCCAUCUGCAGCGCCACCAUUGAUCACUCUUGAAAGUCGUUUUUUGGGUGCUCAUCCCUCACGUUUAUCUAAAAAUAAUGGAUUUUGAUUUGCCUCCUUCUGUCCCGGUGAGCGGGAUCCCGUGGGACAGAGUUCUGCCGCCGUUAUUUCCCCGGCUGAACGGGACGAUUGGACCGUACGCCUGGACCCCGACCGAACUUUUAAUUCCGGUUUCAGAGCACACCGGAGCGGCACAGGUUACCUGUGAUCAAAAUGGGUUUACUGUACAGGUUGAUGUGAAACACUUCAGUCCUGAGGAGCUCUUAGUCAAAGUUGUUGGAGAUUAUGUUGUGGUUGAGGGCAAACAUGAACAAAGAAAGGAUGGUUCGGGACUGGUGACGCGGCAGUUUAACCGGCGAUAUCGGAUCCCGAGUGGUGUUGAUAUCAUGGCAUUGGAAUCAGCCAUGUCACCUGAAGGAAUGCUUAUCAUCUCAGCACCUCUGCAACGAGAAGAUAACUCCAGACUAUUGAAUCACUGUGGAACAUAAUGCACAGGUUUAUGAAAGGCACCUAAAGCUUAUAUCUUCUCUCAUAUACACACAAAAGAGACCAAAAGCAAUGUCCAGUUCCUCCCUCUUCCCGACAGCCAACAUGAUAACUGUUUCAUUGCACUUGCUGAUGGCUUAGCACACAUCCCAUGAGCAAGACAAAUUUGUUCUCAUGUAAACAAGGGUCUUCUGAUUUAAAACGCUUAUACCAAGUAAACACAUGAAUGCCUACAUUGAAUUUGCAUUUCACAUUUAUGCAUUUGGUGUUCAAAGUCUACAUUUUAUUCGCAUCUGAACCCAUGACCAGAGACAGCCUUAAUAUAUUUUUCUAAAAAUGGCAAAGACUCUUCAACUAAGCAAAUCUUCCAAAGCCACGCUGGGAUUGUAAAUAAUCUUAAAUUAUUAAAAUGAUUAGCAAGUGUUCAAUUUGUUUUGAUCUUUUUGUGAUGUACAGUGUGAAUAUAAAUAAAUAUGUGAUACUCUU